CCGGUGUGCGCCCGGAUGACGUGGCGGGAACGGCGGAAGCGGCGCCUCCUUUUCCUUGGCGGCGGCUGGUGGAGACGGGGAUGGCGCUGGCCGGGCUUCUGUGGUGUGUGGCGGCCUUGUUGGUUCUGCGUGGCCGGGCCGAUGAGCACGAACACACGUACCAAGAUAAAGAAGAAGUUGUUCUAUGGAUGAAUACUGUAGGACCAUACCACAAUCGCCAAGAAACAUACAAAUAUUUCUCUCUCCCUUUCUGUGGUGGAUCAAAAAAAAGCAUUGGUCAUUAUCAUGAAACACUGGGAGAAGCACUUCAAGGUGUUGAAUUGGAGUUCAGUGGCUUGGACAUUAAGUUUAAAGAUGAUGUGAUGCAGACCACUUACUGUGAAAUAGACUUGGAUAAACCAACACGAGAUGCAUUUGUUUAUGCUAUCAAAAAUCACUAUUGGUACCAGAUGUACAUAGAUGACUUGCCGAUAUGGGGUAUUGUUGGUGAAGCAGAUGAAAAUGGUGAAGAUUACUAUCUCUGGACAUACAAAAAACUUGAAAUAGGCUACAAUGGGAAUAGGAUUGUGGAUGUGAAUCUGACAAGUGAAGGAAAAGUUAAAUUGGUUCCCAACACCAAAAUCCAGAUGUCAUACUCUGUGAAAUGGAAAAAGUCAGAUGUGAAGUUUGAAGAUAGAUUUGAUAAGUACCUCGACCCAUCUUUCUUUCAGCACAGGAUUCAUUGGUUUUCAAUCUUCAAUUCAUUCAUGAUGGUUAUUUUCCUGGUGGGCUUGGUUUCGAUGAUUUUAAUGAGGACAUUGAGAAAAGAUUAUGCUCGGUAUAGUAAAGAAGAAGAAAUGGAUGAUAUGGACAGGGAUCUAGGGGAUGAAUAUGGUUGGAAACAAGUUCAUGGAGAUGUCUUCAGACCAUCCAGUCAUCCUUUAAUAUUUUCAUCCCUCAUUGGUUCUGGCUGCCAAAUCUUUGCAGUUUCUUUCAUAGUAAUCAUUGUUGCAAUGCUGGAGGAUUUAUACACAGAGAGAGGAUCAAUGUUAAGUACCGCUAUUUUUGUUUAUGCUGCAACAUCCCCAGUGAAUGGCUACUUUGGAGGAAGUCUUUAUGCCAGACAAGGAGGAAGGCGGUGGAUAAAGCAGAUGUUUGUUGGGGCAUUCCUUAUUCCUGCAAUGGUGUGUGGCACAGCUUUCUUCAUUAACUUCAUUGCCAUCUAUUACCAUGCAUCACGGGCGAUUCCCUUUGGGACAAUGGUGGCUGUAUGCUGCAUCUGCUUCUUUGUUAUUCUUCCUUUAAACCUUGUCGGCACCAUACUUGGACGGAAUCUGUCGGGUCAGCCCAACUUUCCUUGUCGAGUCAAUGCUGUUCCUCGUCCAAUACCAGAAAAAAAAUGGUUUAUGGAACCAGCUGUUAUUGUUUGCCUAGGGGGAAUUCUUCCAUUUGGAUCCAUUUUCAUUGAAAUGUAUUUUAUCUUCACCUCCUUUUGGGCUUACAAAAUCUAUUAUGUCUACGGCUUCAUGAUGUUAGUACUGGUUAUCCUUUGCAUCGUGACAGUUUGUGUGACAAUUGUGUGCACAUACUUCCUAUUAAAUGCAGAGGACUACAGGUGGCAAUGGACGAGUUUUCUGUCUGCUGCUUCGACUGCAAUCUAUGUUUACAUGUAUUCCUUUUAUUACUACUUUUUCAAGACAAAGAUGUACGGCUUGUUCCAGACAUCAUUUUACUUUGGUUAUAUGGCAGUAUUUAGCACAGCCCUGGGAAUAAUGUGUGGAGCUAUUGGCUAUAUGGGAACAAGUGCCUUUGUUCGAAAAAUCUACACUAAUGUGAAAAUUGAUUAAGGAAACUUGGCUCUGGAACAGUUAACAUUUGGGGGGUGGGAACAGAGCAUAUAUACUUGCACACCAAAAAGCGCAAGAAGAAAAUUGUGUGUUUAACACUGGGCACUCUGUGGGUCUCUGUUUUAUGGAUCAUUAAAAGCAACAUCUGUUUUCAUUGAUCCUAGGUUCUUACUGACUUUCUCCAACUGUUCUCAGCAAGUGCUUGGAUUGUAUUCAGUAGGCAUUACCACAGUACAUGCUAAUCUUCCCAAAAAGUAGCUCAUAAAGAUGAUAUAGACUAGCUCUCUUCAGUGAAGAGGACAAACUGUAUUUAAACAUUUGUUCCAUUCAAUUAAAAAGGAAAGUGAAAUAUGUGGCUCCUAAAACUUUGCUGAUUAGUUGCCGGUACUUAAAAUAGUAUCUUGGAAACAUUUCUUCCCUCCAAUUCUUAGUGCUAUUUGACAAUGAAAAGUAACACUGGGUGCUACCAGAAUUUAAUUUGCAAUAUCAACUAAUUAUCAAAUAUACAUGCAUUUGUUUUUAAAAAGACAAAUAUUUGCAUGCAAUAUCAGUUUAAUAGGACCAACUUGCCAUUUGUUCAUCUUUAAAAGAAUAUCCAGCUAUAUCUGAAAUCCAUCCAAAGAAAUGAAGUACAAAGGUGGAGUUGUCUGCACUGCAAUUUUUGUACAGUUAGCAAGUAAAAAUGUUAAAUGAAGAGGAUACAAUCUGUUUUUAUUCAACGUGUGGAGGUCUAGAUUUAAAAAAAAUUAACUGAAUGUCUACAAUUAUUUCUUUUUAUUUUUCCCUACAUCCUCCCUCCCUUGGGUUUGGAGUGUUUACUUGAUUAAAAGGGUAACAAGUGUAUAAAACAUUAAAUGAUGUAACUUAGUUGUAGCUCCCAAAUAUAUUUGGAUGUACAGAUUUACUAAAGAAUACUUUUUUCUGAUGAUUCAGUGUACAAAUAUGUGAAUUUAGGUGGCUUUUUACAUCUUGCCUGCUGUUGCAUGAAAUGUUGGAGGUUUCCUCGCAAUAUGUGUGUCUUGUUUUCUGUUUACUGAAGCUCUUUCAGAAGCAAAAACUUGUAAUUUAUAACAGUUUAAUUUUGUUUAGUUAUCUCUGGACACUUGUGUAACAUCUAAAGCAAUGCUGCUUUAAGUGUUCAGAAAAUGAAAAUAAACUUUUCAGACAAAUGUUCUGAUUGUGAAAAAUAGAUAAACUUGCAGUUGGAAAUGUGUUUUUUAAAAAACAAAAACAAAAAAGACCAGUACUGCAGAACACGAAUUUCUGAAUAAAGUGCUAAUAUAUUCUUUGGAUACUAAAAGACAGAGGGUCUGUCAUAGUUCAAUGUCAGUGUGCUUUGUUUAUCUAGAAAGAAGGUUCCUAAAAAGCAGCAUCCCAGAGUGUGCAGAGUAUAUAGAUGAAAGAGAGAUGAGAGUGGACAAAUAAAGGCCAUAAUUUUUGAAAGUUGGUUACAGCAAUGGCUUUAGCAUUUAUUUUCAGACAGUUUGAUAUGAAUGUUGGCAUGUAUCCUCAAGUCAAUGCUGAUACCAAAAAUGCAGUUAUUUCCAAAAGACAAUUACUGAAUGGAAUUUAUGCAUUAAUCCAAAAUUUUGUGUGGGUGUGUAUAAAGCCCCCUCCCCUGGCACUUUUUUUUUUUUUUAGUGGUAAGUUAACCUUGGAGACUUAUUUUCACAUUGGAAAAUAUUUGUGCAAAAAGAAAUAAAAACCAUUUAUAGUAAGUGAAUUUUAACUGGCUGUUAUCUGCAAUGCUAAAUGCAUAGCUUAAUCCCAUUGUGAAUUUCCAAAUGAGUCUGUAUUUUAUUUUGCUAUGCAAAUGUUGGGCAGAUAUUAAAUGAUUAUGGCCUUUUGGUUUUUAUAAUUUGUAGUACAUUUAUGGAGUAAUUUUCUUCCUACAUUCUAACAGAGUAGCUUAAAUCAUCUUUAUGCUGCUGCUCUACAACCUCUUCAUUUCUCUGAGGCUUGCACAGGACUGUUUCAUGAGCCAUACUUGAAAUAAUUGCGGAUAGCACAGCAGUAGCAAGUCUAUAUGUAGCAGACUUAUAUCUGUUUAUAAGUUUGCAAACUUGGAAAUCUUGGUAAUCUUUCUAGUUGAUUGUCAUUACUGAUGAAUUAUAAUUUUUUCCACCUUCA